AUUAUACGCAGACGCGUUCGCGAGUGCGGUUUGAAAAAAUACAGACAUUAUUUUUAAUAUUUGUGAUUUAUGUUAAGUUUAAAUUAAGAAUUGCAUUAAUUAAUUAUUUGUGCGUUGAUCAAAUUAUUUGAUUAUAAAAACUGUGAAACAGUGAAGUGACAAUUCUAUUCAAUGGACUGAUUGUGCGCGGACUCAGUAGCAAGCAGUGAAAGUUUUCGCCCGUGAGAUAGUCCAAAGACAAAAGAGUUGGAGACAAUGGACCACCUGUUCCGGCACCGGAGGCUUAGUGUACCCAAAAGAACGAGUGAACUCAUAGCGCUCGUGGCCGUAUCAUGUACCUUAUUCCUGUUCCUACACACCAGAGAUCUCAACACAAAACUCCAGCGCAUGCAGCGGCUCAACGAUGACGUCACAGCUUUCAAUCAUCUCACUGACAAAAUCGAGACCGACCGCACAGCGUAUGCGUCGGCGCAGGAAUAUAAAGAGGCUUUGGAGGCAUUGCGCAGGAACACCGGCGUUGAACGCUCGAAACCGCAACGAACCCUCGAAUCAGAGAUUAUAAGAUCUGAAGAGGUGUUGCAAGAGUUGACCGAAGAAAUUCUCCCCGAUCCAUGGGAGUUGAAUAACACAGCAAGAUCAGAUGUGGAGCUUUUGUUCUUUAACCGUGUUCCUAAGGUCGGAAGUCAGACGUUUAUGGAACUCCUGAGAAGAUUGGCUAUUCGUAAUCAAUUCGGCUUUCAUCGAGAUGCAGUACAACGUGUAGAAACCAUUCGUCUGGCUCCAGCUGACCAGCAGGUCCUGGCUAGCAUAGUCUCCGCCCACACGCCGCCAGCUUCCUACAUCAAACACGUUUGCUACACAAACUUUACACGGUUUGGCUAUCCAUCACCAAUUUAUGUGAACGUGGUCCGUGAUCCUAUAGAGAGAGUUAUAUCUUGGUACUACUAUGUGAGAGCGCCGUGGUACUAUGUCGAGAGAAAGCGAGCUUUCCCUGACCUGCCCCUACCCGAUCCAGCUUGGCUGAAAAAGGACUUCGAAACCUGCGUACUGAGCGGUGACCGGGAGUGCAGAUAUAUAGAAGGAGAGACUCAUGAAGGUAUCGGAGACCACCGAAGACAGACCCUGUUCUUCUGCGGACAUGACCCUCAGUGCACGCCUUUCAACACAGCAGAAGCAUUACAACGUGCGAAACGCGUGGUAGAACAGCAGUACGCGGUGGUGGGAGUUCUGGAAGAUAUGAACUCAACACUGCUGGCCUUUGAGAGAUACGUGCCUCGAUUCUUCAGAGGAGCCUUAAGGAUGUACUGGGAGGAGCUAAACACAUUCAACCGGAUCAACCGAAAUGCAUUUAAACCGCCCGUUUCCGAGGAAGUGAAGAACAUCGUCCGCGCGAACUUCACGCGAGAGAUCGAAUUCUAUGAGUUCUGUAAGCAAAGGCUUCACAUGCAACUGAAGGCUUUACGGGACCCCGCCAUUACUCUGCCCUCAACACCAAGUGAUAGGAGGAGACUGACGUAUGAUAGAUUAUAAAUAUAUCAUAGAUAUAGAAACAGUACUCGUAGUCGUUACGAUUCAAACUUAGAACUUCGUGUUAUUUUUUAUCUGUAAACUGUUUUUUUACAUUUAUCUAUAUGUAACCCAAUGUUCAUGUAUUUUUAUUUAUUGUAAAUAUAGGUAAUAGGCUAGUACAGAUUAUAUAAACGAAUUCUAAACAGUGAACCUAUAUAAGACUACUAAAUUAGGUAUCCAUCAACAAUUAAAGAUUGCAUAAGUCCAUGUAACAUAAUAAAGCAGUGUAAUAACAUAAUAUCCACCACGACCUGGGGCUCUGACGUCUACACGCCACUUCGAUAAGGAUAAACUUCAUCCCAAACCGUUGGUGCGUAAAACCAAUUAUUACCCCUUGGAAAGCUUUCACGUGUAAAAGCCUCCUCCAGAUUUUUUACAGAACUAUGGAACACUUUCUCCAUUCGCUACUUCCUGUAGAUAAUCUAUAAUUUACAAAAAAAUCCAAAAUAAGGCAUAAUGGUGUUGACAAAUUUGAACACAAUUUUUAACGCCUGGAAGGAAAUGUAUGAGCAACAAUUUGCUACACAUUUUUAUGUAAUUUCUUUACACGUAUAUUUUUAUUGAUUGAUGGUAAGGAACAGUGCUGGAUUAGUCAUAUAGCAAGAGUAGCAUAUGCCACGGGCCCCGCGUAUUUGGGGGCCCCACUCUCUGACCUACCCGUAACCGUAAUAAAAAAAUAUUAGAUAGGAGCGUAAUAUAUCUCGCUUCACUUGCACUUAAAAAUCUAAAACUCGAUUUCGUCACGUUAAAUCGUAAAAAUAAGUAGGGUUUUACAAACUUUUACCGUAAUGUUGAAUUAUAAUCGAUAUCUUUAGACUAGCAUCUAUACCACAUCUACCUUUCAAGUUGCCAGUUUUUUUAUAAGAACGUCUUUAUCAUCUCAUUUUGUUGAAUAUAAAGCAUGAUUUGCUUAAUGAAGUCUAUAUUGAAAGUGUUACUAUUUCUCAAUUUGCCGAUCCAGAUCCAGAAAAUAUGUAAUAAUGAAAAUGAAUAUAAUAAUAUGAAAAUAUGUAAUAUCCUAAACUUGAAAACCUAAAGCAAAGCAAGGGCCCCUUGAUAGAAUUUGCUACAGGCCCCGCGCUGACUUAAUCCGGCACUGGUAAGGAAUGUAACUUUAGUUUACUCAUAAAUUAUUUUAAUUUGUGUUUCCGAGUACAUUAGCAAACGUUUUAAUUAAUUGGUUAUUUUAUUAUUACGUAAAAUAUUCGUUCAAGACUGGCACCUGUUUCAAUUUAAUAAUGUUAGUCAAUUUCUACGUAUUGGAUUGUUAUAAUCAGCGUUUCGCUUUAAAUGUAUGUGUAAAUAUUAUUCGUUCGGAAUACUUAAAAAACUUGUACAUAGUAAUAUUUUAAUUAAUGUAACUAUUAAUAUUACUUUAUUUUAUAUUUAUUUCUUGUCCCUUCGAUUAAUUGUGA